UAAAGCGAUAAUGACUCUCAGUACAGUGUACAGCUUUGAGAGCCAACACUAAUCCGAACGUUUCACUUUACUAUACUUGCGCAACACACUACAAGCGUCGCUGAAAUGCUGUGGGGACAUAAAACGAACAGUUUUUAUAUGCAAAGGAUUCAGUAUAUGCGCCAAAUCUUUUAAAUGUUGGAGCGAAAUACCGACAACAUGAGUGAACUGAGGAGAAACGCUAUCCGAAGGAAGUCUAAACCGAAGCAGACAGGAGGGUCGCCGGCGGAGGAAUGCGCGGAAUGUUCAGAUAAAUCCGGUAACCCCAGCUGCUUUCCUUCCAAACAGUCAGAUGAAGGGGAACCUUGUGUUGGGGUGAAAAUUGCUCCGAACAAAGCUGUUGGCAGCAACAGUCCAGAUGAGGAACGCAGUCACAACCAGAAAUUGAAUCGUGGAUGCAGAUUCAGCAAUAAGAGCCUUACUGGAGUAAAUGGAAGAGUUUCAGGCCGACGGCCGCCACUGCAUUCAAAACCACAAGUGCCUCCAAAGCCACCGCAUCUUCAGACUCCGUUGACGGACGUCUCCUUUCCUCUGGCUGCUGGAUCAUUAACUGUCAAGCUCAGCAUGGAGGAGGGAGGAUUAGACGGAGCCAUAGGGAAGGGCAGAGUGUCCAACCUCAUCAGUCGCUUCGAGGAGAACCGUCACACAGACGGUCGGAGGGAGGGAACUCCACCGAAGCAGGUCAGCAGAUCUCCAAACUGCAGCCCGCCUCGUAAAAACUACCAGAGACCAAGGGAGCAGACUUCAGACUCUAGCCCGCACCAUGCGCUGAAACCCCCCAAUGGGGUGCUAGCCAAAAUGAACAGAGACAGGGAACGGGACAUGGACGGAGUAACACACGCCCCCGUUCCGACCGUGAGGAUUAACAAACAGGGACUAUUGAAUGGAGAUAGCGUUGAUUUGACUAAUAGGGAAAUUACAGUAGAGGAAUGUGUGGAUUCGCCUGAUGUUCACUUAAAUCAGGCCAAAUUAGAAGUAGAACAGGAGAAGAGGAAGAUGCCGGAACAGAGCGACAUUGUGAGGAUGAACAGCAUCCCAGAGCAGAAGGAAACCAAUGAGCAGAAACUCUACAAGAUUGCAAAUGAACUCCUGCAGACAGAGAAGGCCUAUGUUGCACGACUGAACUUAUUAGAUAAGGUGUUUUACACCAAGCUCAUGGAAGAGGCAAAAAAAGACACGUUCCCUGUGGAUGUGGUGCGAAGCAUAUUUUCCAACAUCACCUCCAUUAAUGCCUUCCACAGCCAGUUCCUUCUGCCUGACCUGGAGAAACGAAUGGGAGAAUGGACAUCGACACCUCGCAUUGGAGACAUCCUACAGAAGCUCACGCCCUUCCUGAAGAUGUACGCCGAGUAUGUGAGGAACUUUGAUCAUGCCAUGGAUCUGCUGAAGCAAUGGAUGGAUCGCUCGCCUCCAUUUAAAGCCAUCAUUCUGGAUAUACAGAGUCAGGAAGCGUGUGGCAAUCUGACGCUGCAGCACCACAUGUUGGAGCCAGUUCAGAGAGUGCCACGAUAUGAGAUGCUGCUCAAGGACUAUCUGAAGAAACUCCCCCCGGAACACAUGGACCGGCGGGACGCUGAAAAGUCUUUAGAAAUUAUCGGCAUGGCCGCCACUCAUUCCAACACUGCCAUUCGGAAAACGGAAAACCUGAAGAAGCUGCUGGAGAUUUAUGAGAUGCUGGGAGAAGAAGAGGACAUUGUAAACCCCUCGAACGAGUUAAUAAAAGAGGGUCACAUUCUGAAACUGGCAGCCAGAAACACUUCAGCCAUGGACAGAUAUCUCUUCCUAUUCAACAACAUGCUGCUGUACUGCGUUCCCAAGUUCAGCCUGGUGGGACAGAAGUUCACAGUGCGCACACGUAUCGGCAUUGAAGGCAUGAAUGUGAAAGAGACAUUCAAUGAGGACUAUCCUCACACCUUUCAGGUUUCUGGAAAAGAACGAACACUGGAGCUGCAGGCCAGCUCUAAACAUGAUAAAGAAAGCUGGAUAAAGGCAUUCAUUGAAACAAUAGACAUCUCCCUCCAGAAGAAUGAGACCUUUAAAUCAGCAAUUAAAGAUACGGAGGAAGCUUCGGACCUUAAUAUAUCAGAGCUGGGUAAAAGAGCUCCUCGCUGGAUACGAGACAAUGAAGUGACCAUGUGCAUGAAGUGCAAAGAGGGGUUUAACGCCAUCACGCGCAGGCGGCAUCACUGUCGUGCCUGUGGAUAUGUGGUCUGCUGGAAGUGCUCCGACUACAAAGCUACACUGGAAUAUGAUGGAAACAAGAUUAGCAAAGUGUGCAAACACUGUUACUUCAUCCUGACAGGCCGUACAGACAGUGAUGACAGAGAAGGCAAGAAGAAGGGAAUCCUGGAGUUACGGAGGAAAACACGACGUGCACACACUGUUGUGGUGGAUUCUACUGCGAUUGAAGCGGCUCAGUUCUGUGGCAGCAGCAUCAUGUGUGGCUUCCUGCAGUACUGUGAGAAGAACAAGCCGUGGCAGAAAGUCUGGUGUGUCAUUCCUGAGAAAGAAGCUCUAGUUCUCUACUUAUACGGAGCACCUCAGGAUGUCAAGGCCCAGUCCACCAUUCCACUGCUGGGCUACCAGGUGGAGGACAAUCCGAGAGCCACUGACCCUCCUGCUAGCUUCAGACUCUCACAGUCCAAAUCCAUCCACAGCUUCGCCGCAGAGAGCGAGGAAUUGAAACAGCGCUGGCUUAAAGUCAUCCGUAUGGCGGUGACAGGAGAAGUUCCAGAGUCGCCUGAAGAAAGCAGUUCUGCAGAAAUCACACAAGAGUUAAACUCAAACGGCAUCUGAACAAAGACGACAAACUCUCAAUGGAGAUUUAUCUACUGGUGGUGCUGUCUGUGUUUAGUGUUGCUCUCCUGCUGCCCUCUGCUGGUCAGUCUGAGAUUUGGUCCAGGUCUCCUAAAAAGCUCCAUUUGGAUUAUUUUGAACACUUCCAAGAUGCCAGCAUGACCAGAUUUGAAUUCACAAAGGAUUACAUGGAGGGAAUAACGUCAUGCUUCAGCUGACAGCACACUGAUUCAAAGCCUAAUGUAAAUAGUGUACAAUUCAGAACAUUUACAUGUUGUGUAAAUAGCGUGUGGAGGCAGAAAUAGGAUUUGUUUAUUCUGGAUGUGGUUUUUAAAAACUUAAAUGGCUUAAAAUUGCAGAACACUCAUUAAGGACAUCAUUAUUUUGACAAUGUGUUGUCAUUUUAUAGGGUUGCAGCGGUUUGAUGGUAAGUCAUGGUAUGGUGUGAACAGUUUUAUUACAUUAUCUGAAAACAAUUUGCAAUCAGGCUCACCAUGCAAUGCAAAUAUUCAGGCAAGAAAUGUGAGAUGGAAAGCUUCAUUUUUUAAAUGCUAAUAUACAUGCAAGGUCACUUGAUAGAAGACAACUUGCUCGUGUAGCAUCAGUGCUUUUUAUUUCAUGAGCGAAAACAAAAUGCUUGUCAUAUUUCUGGUUUAAAAUAGAGAUGCAGUUAAAUUUAGCAAGGGCUAACCAUACCAACAACCCAGUGAAUAGAGUGUGAGGACAAGUUAAGUGCAAAAACUGUUUAAAGGUACAAAGCUGCUCGUAUGUGCAAUUAAUUAUGGGGUGUGUGCAUUUAAGUGUGUGCUGUUCUGAUGAUGACUUUUUUUUGUCAAGUGCAUUGUGUGCAUACCCAAGUAGGUAUAAAAAAAUAAGUAGGCCACAGUAUACUUUGGGUUUUACACUUUUAGCUGUCUUAUCAUGUCAAAGGUUAGUUUUUUCCUUUCAUUAAAUAGGCUACACAGAACUUUUUAUUUACAUUAAAGCCAAACUACUUCAAGCUUAUUUAGUAAUCACAAUUAUCUUUUUAUUAAAUAACAACAUUCAAACAAUUCUCAAUCAUUGAUAGCAAAAUCAUUUUUUAAAGUUAUAAAUAAAUGUCAAACGUAAAACGUCUUGCGACUCUCAGUAACAC